UGCAACCCACGUUCCUUGCAAGACCCCAGGGCCUCGGCUGCUGCCGCUGGGGACCCCAGAGCCCUGGCUGCAGGCGUGGAAGGAACAUUCCCGCUGCUCCCCGAGAGACUCUCCCAGUGCAGAGACCCCAGCCUGUCCCACUCCCCCUUACUGGGACCCAGAGCCCUGCUCCCAGGCAGAGCCCCACGUGGAGAGAAGAUCAUCCCUACUUCCUAGGGGCCGAGGAAGGGAAAUGGCUGUGGUGGAUCUAGCUCAGAUGCCAGUGACCUUUGAGGAGGUGGCUGUGUAUUUCACUGAGAGGCAGGGGGCUCUGCUGGACCCUGAUCAGAGAGCACUCUACAGGGACGUCAUGCAGGCGAAUUAUGAGAUUGUGACUUCGAUGGGACUCCCCAUUCCCAAACCUGACCUGAUCGCCCUGCUGGAAGCAGGGGAAGAGCCGUGGGUCCCAGAUCACCCAGCCUCCGAGGAAAGGAAGUUUUCAAGAGGCACCCGCACAGCAGGUGAUGAGACAAUGAAUGAGAACGAGGAUGGGAAUCCACUGCAGGAAUGUCCUGAACAAGUGGAACUGCAGGGGACCUUAUUGAAACAAGGUGAAGGGAAUUUUUCCCAGUGCUUGGAACAGAGAAAAGCCUGGAGUAAUUGGCACAGGUCAGAGAGGAAGCUGGGAAACUGCCAAAGGAAUAAAGUGUAUGAAUCUAUUGGAUGUGGGGGAGGAGGCAAGGAUCCCGAAGAAACCACAGUUCAGUGGACAAAUGAGAACGAAAAGAACCCCUAUAAAUGCUUGGACUGUGGGAAAAGCUUCAGUCAUCGCUCAAAUCUGACUAGACAUGGGAGAAUCCACACUGGAGAGAGACUUUAUAAAUGCUUAGACUGUGGGAAAAGCUUCAGUCGGAGCUCAAACCUUAUUAGCCAUAGGAUAAUCCACACUGGAGAAAAACCCUAUAAAUGCUUGGACUGUGGGAAGAGCUUCAGUCAGCGCUCAGGCCUUAUUAACCAUGGCAGAAUCCACACUGGAGAGAACCCCUAUAAAUGCUUGGACUGUGGGAAAAGCUUCAGUCAUCGCUCAAAUCUUAUUAGACAUGGGAGAAUCCACAUGGGAGAGAGACUUUAUAAAUGCUUGGACUGUGGGAAAAGCUUCAGUCGGAGCGCAAAUCUUAUUAGCCAUAGGAUAAUCCACACUGGAGAGAAACCCUAUAAAUGCUUGGACUGUGGGAAGAGCUUCAGUCGGAGCUCAAAUCUUAUUAGCCAUAGGAUAAUCCACACUGGAGAAAAACCCUUUAAAUGCUUGGACUGUGGGAAGAGCUUCAGUCAGCGCUCAGGUCUCAUUAGCCAUGGCAGAAUCCACAUGGGAGAGAACCCCUAUAAAUGCUUAGACUGUGGGAAAAGCUUUAGUCGAAGCUCAAAUCUUAUUAGCCAUAAAAUAAUCCACACUGGAGAGAAACCCUAUAAAUGCUUGGACUGUGGGAAGAGCUUCAGUCAGCGUUCAGGCCUUAUUAACCAUGGCAGAAUCCACACGAGCAAGAACUCCUAUAAAUGCGACUGUGGGAAGAGCUUCAGUCAGUGCUCAGGCCUUAUUAGCCAUGAGAGAACCCACACAGGAGAGAGACCCUAUAAAUGCUUGGACUGUUGGAAAAGCUUCAGUCGGAGCUCAAAUCUUACUGCUCAUAGGAGACUGCACACGGGAGAGAGACCCUAUAAGUGUUUGGACUGUGGGAAAAGCUUCAGUCGGAGGGCACAUCUUAUUAGACACGGGAGACUCCACACUGGUGAGAAACCCUAUAAAUCCGUGGUUCUCAAACUUUAACGACCCGAGGACCCCUCUUUCGAUUUAAAAAUUUUCAUGGACCCCUCCUCCCCCCAAGCCCACUGCUCAGCCACAGGCCCCGCCCCCACUCCACCCCUUCUUCCAAGCCCCCACCCCUGCCCCUCCUCUUCCCUGCCUCUUUCUGUCCCCAUCCCCACUCCUCCCUCUCCCGCCCAGUGCCUCCUGCACACCACUGAACAGCUGUUUUGCGGUGUGCAGGAGGCACUGGGAGGGAGGGGGAGGAGUUGAUCAGCGGGGCCGGCGGCCCCGGACAUGACUCGUUGACCCACUGGAGUACCCUUGCGGACCCCUGGGGCCCAGUUUGAGAAACCCUGCUAUAAAUGCCUGUACUUCAGGAAGAGCUUCAGUAUUGCUCAAGUCUUAAUUAACCAUGAGAGAAACCAUACAGGAGAGAGACCCUAUAAAUGCUUGGACUGAGAUAAAAGCUUCAUUCAGCGCUCAGGCCUUAUUAACCAUGGGAGGAGCCACAUGGGGGAGAGAUCCUAAAAAUGCCUGCAGUGUGAGAAAAGUUUCAAUGCUCCAUCAGCCCUUAUUAUACAUCAGAGAACCCACACAGGAGAAAAUCCCUAUAAAUACUUGGAUUGUGGGAAAAGCUUUAAUCAUUUCAUGUCUGAGAACUCACACAGGAGAUAAAACCUGUAAGUGCCUGCACUGUGGGAAAAGCUUCAGUGAGAGCUCAAAUCUUCUUAUACAUCAGACAAUCCACAUGAGAGAAAUCCCAUAAAUACCUUACUAAACAUUUCAAAUCCACAUGGCACAGUAUCUAUAAAUGCAUCGACUGUGGAAAAAAAAUAAUUUGAAGAUCACAUCAGACAAUCCACAUGGGAGAGAAAAUCCAUAAAUACUUGGACUGUGGAACUAGCUUCAAUAACUUCAGCAAAAGAGUCAUCUGAACUGACACAUUACUCCCCAUCCAAUAAUUCACAGAAGAAAGACUUGAAUGUAUGGGGAAGCUUCAUUUCAUGCUCACACAGCAUCAAGCAUCAGCAAAUUCACAGAGGGAAGAGGCCUCUCAGAUAUCCUUCGCAUGGAAAAAAGGUUCAGUUGGAGUUAACACCACAUUGGGCAUCAGAGAUUCCUCCACAUAGGAGAGAAAUUCUCUCAGUGCCAUGACUAGGACUGGACGUAGUAAAAACUCCAUUUCCUAAUUCCCACACACAGUGGCAUUUGACUCCCAGGUAACCAGCUGCCCAUCUCUGGGGUCAGGUUCCAGCAGCAGCUGACCCUGAGCUGUUCAGGGACCCUCUGGCUUUGCCUAGUCUAAGCUAACCCCAGGCAGAGGUGGAGGAGAAGUCCUUAUCAGCCCCUCCUCCCUGCUGCAGUCCUGGCUGCUGAACUGAUGGACCUUUCUGCCUCCUGCUCACCCGCUGUGGGAAGGGAGAGAGAAACUCCUCCAGAAGCUCCCUCUGCCUGAAUUAAGUUAUACCCUCUCCCUUCCCUGAUAUGAUGCCCCUCUCAUGGAGACUAGGAGAGGGAUACUUAGGCCAGGCCCUAAAUUCACUAUGGACACCUGUCCCCAUCCCCAUUUUCCUGCAACCCCGGGGCUGGUUUCCCCCACUUACCUGGAGCUGGUACCUGGAGAGUGAGUAACCCUGGGGCUGACAACUCUUCCCCUCCCUAAAUCCCCGAAGGUGCUGGGUUCCAGGGAUUUAAAUAUGAAGGGACCAGGAGGGAUGGGUUUUGGGGAGGAAACUGGGGGAUUGAAUGGUUGGGUCUGUUGGAUGUGGAAGCAGAAGGUGUUGGGUGCCAGGCAGAUCGUAUGUUAGGGAUCAUGGGAUAAGAGAGGAGAAUACGGGGAAGAGAGGUGCUGCUUCUUAUCACUCACCCCCUCUGCCCCUUUUCCCUGCCCCCUUUGCAUUUAGAAAGCACCAAUAGCUUACUUUGACAGGAUAUUGCACAGCUUUAUUGAGGACUUAAGGAGACAAAAGAUCUUUUGCCAGAAGAGUCCUUUUUUAUUUUAUUUAACCUUUCUUUUCCCUUUGUCAUGAGAUUUUUGUGUUGUGUGAACAAUGAAAACUAUCAAUAUCUCUCAGCACAAACACCAAGGGUGAGUGCUAGAUUCAUACUCCAAGAGGCCGAGACUGAACAGGGCAUGGAGUUGCUACCUGAUCUCUACAGGGAUGUGAGAUAGAGUCAGGAGGGGGUGAGGGGAACAGAGCUGGGAAACUGCAGACUUUUCUCUUGAGAGCCAGACAGCUGAGGCUGAGAACUGUGAACUUGCUGCACCAAUACCAGAGAGAGACAGGAAUUGCCCUGUGAGUACUGAGUGAAGCCAUCCCUGAAAUCUAAAGCAUUACAAAUGAUGCCCCAAGAGGAGUGAUAAGGGGAAGAUGCAGAAUCUCCAGAUUACUGAGAGGAUGGGUCUGGGCAGAGACAAGAAGGAGAAAAGUAAACAGGCCUGGGCUAGCCUUAAAGCCAGGCUAACCCCCAUCAUAGAGGCCAGAGGGAAACAAGGAGCAUGACAGCCCAGCUGGUCACUCCCUCCCCAUCUAUCAGUGUAUUCUGUGUGGGGAUGACAGAUGUUGUCUUCCCCACACUGUACCCCUCUAAUCUCAGCUCCUUGGAUUCCCUGCUCUCGGAGUGUUUGCUUUGUGCCUGGGUCCCAGCAUGUCUCCUGGAUUCUCUGCACUUUUCUGCCAGUUUAUAAAUGUUGCUCUACUGCUGGUGCAUGAGGGAUUUGGGUGCAACAAUGUGCUGGCCUGGGGAUGAAAAGUACCGUGCUGAACUGGGCGGGGGAUGGGGAAAGGAGUCUGUCUUUGUUUGUCCUUUGGAAUAAUAAAGUCAAAUUUAUUUUCUCACA